AUGCGAAUGGAGAAUUUCCUUCAAUCCAUUGACUAUGAUUUAUGGAUAGUCAUUACUCAUGGUCCGUUUGUUCCUAUGACAACUGUAGGUGAACAUCAAGUGCCUACGCCAAUGGACAAGCUCACAUCCGAUGACAAGAAAAAACUCUUAUUGAAUGCCAAAGCAUUAAACGUGUUACUUUGUGCCUUGGGUCAAGAUGAAUUUGCUAGGGUGAGCUCAUGCAAAUCCGCAAAGGAAGCAUGGAAGCUCCUAGAAGCCACCCACGAAGGAGAUAAAGACACCAAAGCUACCAAGAUAGCUUUAGGAACAUCCGAGUAUGAAAACUUCAAGAUGAAGGCCGGAGAAUCCGUUCAAGAUAUGAACAAACGAUUCAAUCUCAUUGUCAACAAUUUGAGACACAUCAAACCGGAGUGCCCAAAGCUCAAAAAGAAGGAAGAGCUUAAAAAGGGGAAGAAGAAGGCAUUGAAGGUCACUUGGGACGAUUUAAACUUAGAUGAAAGUGAUAGUGACCAAAGCCAAGAACAAAACGUGAAUGCUUGCUUCAUGGCUUCAAACGAUGAGGAAGAGGUGAAAAAUACCACUUGGGUUAUGGAUAGUGGAUGUUCAAGGCACAUGACCGGAACAAGAGGAUGGUUCACACACCUCAAGGAGAAAAGUCAUGGACAUGUGAACCUUGGAGACAAAUCCCGUAAGAAAUUCAUUGGCAAAGCCGUCAUGCGGGUGUCAUUGCGAGCCAGAGUUUCGUCCUCGUCCAUGUCCACGGCUGCCUCCACCACGAUCGUAGUUGCGCCCCUUCUGUCUGCGUCCACCACUGCCGCCGCUGUGCCCGCUGCCAGGCGCUCCACUACCACGCCCGAAGCCGCCACUGCCGGUGCCGGAAGGAGGGCCGCCGGGUCUGCCGGCCAGGAGGGCCGUCCCGGCGUCGUCCGCGAUGCUUUGCCGUUGCCGAUCUAGGAACAGGAGGGCGGAUCAGGAAACUACUAUCCAUGCCACUGUAAGAAAAACUCUGGUGGGAA